CACGCAAGUUCUCACCCUUCGAUUUGUCUCAAGUAUGAACCAAACUCAUUGCGCCCAAACAAUCGUAAUUUUCCCUUUAUUCCGUUUCACGCCGAGUCGAAAUCAAUCAGAACUGAUGAAACAAUUAUCGAAAAUAUUUAGUUUUUCAGAACACCUCCCCCAGCAGAUCGGAAGCCCCACUAAUGAAUCCCCCAAAGCCCGAUUUGCCACGACCAAUUUUGGGCGUCGGGUAUCUACCAACGGAAGCCCCGGUCAAGCAUGACUGAGUCCCAGGCAUGUCGGCAACCGCAAAUGAAAACAAACCUCCGUGAAAUAAUUGUAUUGUACCGCGUGAAGCCGAAAGUAGAAUCGGAUUCGACCUUAGCCUCUGGCCGCACCGUGUCGAUUGAAUGAAGAUGAGACACCUCUUUGCCAAACGGAGACGGAAUAUGGGUUGGAGGACGAUCCGCCGUCGUCGUGGGUCAAUUAUUUGAUUUAAUGUCUAUAAAAGUUGUUGCUCGCCAGGGGAAACCUAUCAAAGUUUGUUUGAACUUCUUGCGGAUCAGUUUGGAGAGCUUUCGGCGUGAUGAAGAUUGUUGUAACCAUUGUGGCCCUUGUGGCUGCAGUCAACGCACAAGCCGUUGUGCCAGUGAUGCAACAGAACCAGAUCCUUCCACCGGGACAAGUUCCGACAGAGUACGGCCCGCUACCACCGGUCCAGCCAUUGACUCCGUUCAACGCGCCCUUGGACGGGUACUACGGGUACAAUCCGUACAUCAACCCCUACAAUCCAGGCUUCUACCCGCAAGCUCCAUUCCUGCAUCCCGCCUACAACAACUUCAACCCACUGGCCUACCAAGUCGCCAUGCCAAAUCCGUACGCCUACCCCGGAGCGUACCCUCAGCUACCACAGCUUUACCCAGGACAGAUUCCUCAACUCCCCCAACAAGUGCCAUUCCCGGGCCAAGUUUCUCAGCUUCCCCCACAAGUGCCAUUCCCGGGACAGCUUCCGCAACUCCCCGGACCCAUUCCGCCCUUUGCCCGGCAACAACAGCUCAACGUUCAACCCCAGCAACAGACACAGGUCCGACCCCACUCGCCUGCACCGUCGGUGUCCUACAGCAGCUUCCAGCUUCAGCACCCAACAACAUCCCAACCCGCUAAGCCUGCCGUUGCCCUGGCUGGUCCCGUCCAGGGAGUCAACGGAGCACCGAAACCUGUGAGCGCUCCCCAGCAUGCCAGCGGAAACCAAGCGGCAGCGUACGGAUCCGCGUUCGGCAAGUACGUGUCGGCGGCUAGCAACAACGCAGCAGCAGCGGUUCCUCAGCAGCCCGGGACCGUGCUGACGGCUCCGGCGUUGCCCGGACGUGGGGUGAACCAGAAUGGUGCCCAGGGUGUUAAUGUAGCGCAGUAAAGGCCAUGUUGGACCUGUUUUUAGUUGUAAUUGUAUGGGAAUAAAUA